AGCAACCUGUUGUUGAAGGUCUUCUGAACAACGGUUUACCUGCCCAGCGCUCUAUACGUUGCUGCAUACAAAUCUUUUCUCGUGUGGUUCUUCGUUAUAAUAACUGUAAUUCAGACGCGAGUUCGCGGUUGUUGGAGUUCUCUUCGUUGUACAUAUAUAAUUUUUGUUUUGGUUUUUUUGCAUCGAUUUCGAGUGUUUUUUUUUUUGGUUUUCCCAUUUUAGUAAUAUUUUUGAAAUCGAUUCGUUAAAAUAAUUUUUCAUUUUGUAUCGAUGAAAUUACAACGAUGUGAAUAUUUUCGCGAUCGUUAAUCGUUCGAUUUGCUACAUGAUGGUGUUUUGUUUAGAAAGUGAUUCGUUUUUAUGAUACUUUUUAAUAAAGAUAACUUUUUUAAACCUAAGUACAAAGCUGUGCAGUGUGACUUUUUUCUGUUCGUAAUAUUAUUGGAACGUGUAAAUAAUUAAUAAUUUUGUGUGUGUUGCGGUAAAAUAUGUGCUAGGCUAAAUCAUGCCGAAAAUAUUUUUGAUCAAGGAUCGUCUGCAACAGCAGCAGCUAAAGCUAGCAGAAACACAAGCUUUGAAACAGAGAGCCGAUCAAGUUGAAGCUUCGUUUCCAUCGUCGGUCACUUCGUUAUACGAACAGCCUUUGUCUUUGAUUAUACCAAAGAAUUCUGACUCGAACUCUUCGAAAGAUGACUACAUCAGCAAAUCGUCUUCGUUGGUGGAGCAACAACGGCAUCGCGAUAGCAUACAGAAACCCGUGCAGCAUUCUAUUCUAUCUACGACAACCGGCAGCGGCGCUGAUACCGACAACGGCGUCGGUACGAGCGACGAGCAAACGGAAGAUAUCAUCCAGCGUGACACUAACAAAGAGAAAGAAAACGCGCUGAAGUAUGAAAAGUCAGCGGCGAGUAGCGGCGUCGAAGACGACAACGACGUCACGGCUCAGUCGUCCAGCUGCGAUGAGAUGCGCAACGGUAGCAGCGGCGGCGGAGGCGCCGGCCGAAACAGUAUCAUCAGCGUUGCGAAACCGAUAUCGGAAGUCAGCGUUAAGAAAAUCACCGAAGACGAGCCGGUCAGGGAGGACAAGUUGGCCUCAGAGGUGAAAAUCGAAUCGUCCAAAUGUAAAGUGGAAAUCGAUCUCGACGAGAACUUGAAAUACGUCAAAGGGCGUAAAUUCUUAUUCUGCGCUAAUCUGCGAACAUCUGCCGAGAAGAAAGAAUACCCUCCUGUUUUGAAAUUGGACGUGGUCAAAGAGCAAUCGAAAGAGGCACCUAAACCAUUCCGUAGUCAGCAAGUAUCGGUAAUCCAAAGAACGCCGCUUAUUCCUCCGUCGCCGGUAUCCAGCGACGAGAAAUGCGGCUUAGCGGUCCCAGCCGCAGCUAAGGCAACUCCGCCACCAGCAGAAAAUGCCGUCGAAGAUCACAUGAGCGACGAAGAGAAUCUGCACCAAGAACCCGAACAAGAGGCGCCCAUCGAUUACCAUAUACCGAAGAAGAACACCGAUUCGGAUGACGAAAUUAAAUUGAAAUGUAUCCUGCCUUCGAGACGACAGCCGUCCAUAUUGUUCGUCGGGCGGAAAUACGCGAAAAGCACGAAUAUCUUGAUGGCAGCGGCCGGUCAUUCGCGUAACAGCGGCGGUAACAACGGCGGCUGCGCCGGUGGCAAUAGUCAAAACGCCAAUGGUACCUCGAACGGUCGAAAUCCCGCCAACGGACACGCCAACUAUAACGGUAACGGCGGCGUAAGCUUGUUUAAUGGCGGAUACGACGGCGCGAUGGGCGCAGGAGGCGAUUGCGGCGGUGACGGAUCGAUGAACAACGGAACCAAUGGCAAGUGCGGAUACGAAAACGGCGGAUCGCCUCUCGGAUCUUUACCGCCGUUCUACGAAAGUCUCAAAGGAGGACAUAUACCGACGUAUCAGCAUCAGAUCUGCAACCAAUACCAAUCGCUGCUCAGCGAACAGAUGGGCAUGGACUGUGAUACGGGACAGGAUGCGGUCAACCUAAGCAGCCUGUUUCAAACCGGCGGAGCCGAAUUGCUACCUAAACAGUAUUCCUCGCUGCAAAACGUUUGCGCCACUUAUGGUAUCACAAUGAAGGAAGAAGAAGAUCUUUCACCCUAUGUUAAGGAUAAUGGAGCUUUCUUGAGCUACGACGAUAAUCUGAUGAUCGACGCGGUCACCGGUAGCAACGUUGACCCGUUGCAGUUCACCGCUACGCUAACUUUCUCCACACCCACCGACAACUCGCAGAUCUUAGAUCAUUUGCCCGAAAGCUCAGAUUUGUUUAUGAGAGAGGCCGUAGGCUCAAGUCAAUCCGGAGGUCUCCUCUCGCCAGGCUUAUCAUCAUUGGAAAUCGACUCGAACACGAGUAUGUCCUUACCGUCGCCGACCAACUGCAGCCUAGAUGGUACCGGUUCGAUGUCUCCAUCGCCUCAGAAUGCCUGCGCUUCCAGCACGUCUCCCGUGGACGGACUACCUCUAAAGGUACGCGUCGGCGUCGGAGUAAUCCCACACCGAAUGGAAAGCGUAUCUCCUCAUCAGCAGCCGCCUCCAAGCUACAGUCCAUUCGUGAAUAAAAUUUCUGCUAAGCUCGGUAUUCCGGGGGAUAUGGCGAUUGAAUUUGUCAACGGUGGUCACGGUAUCAAGAACCCGCUAGCCAAUCAAGACACGGUACCUUUGAUAGCGAAACCCGAAGUCGAAAGAGUUCCUGAACAAGAGCCAGCUAGCAAUGGAAAAUCACGUUAUUCUUGUCGAAUAUGUUCGAAAAGCUUCAACCUGCAGCGACUACUUAAUCGACAUAUGAAAUGUCACAGUGAUAUUAAACGUUAUCUAUGCACGUUCUGCGGUAAAGGUUUCAACGAUACUUUUGAUCUGAAAAGGCACACUCGUACUCAUACUGGUGUACGUCCUUAUAAGUGUAAUUUAUGCGAGAAAUCAUUCACGCAGCGAUGCUCCUUAGAAUCUCAUUGUUUGAAAGUACACGGCGUCCAACAUCAAUACGCGUAUAAGGAAAGAAGAACUAAGAUGUACGUUUGCGAAGAAUGCGGACACACGACCAAUGAACCGGAAACUCAUUACAUCCAUCUAAAAGAAAAACACCCGUAUAGUCCGGCAUUAUUGAAAUUCUACGACAAAAGACAUUUUAAAUUUACGAAUUCGAAUUUCGCAAAUAUGCUUCUUCAAGUACGAUCAUAAUAAUAAUAAUAAUAUGAUAAUUUAAUAAUAUUACAAAGUAAAGUACCCUGGCAGGCUAUAUGAGAGUAAUAAUAGUACAUACAUCGUCGUCGCAUCGUUUCGUGUCGCCGAAUCCUAGCCUAUCCUAUUGUAGCCUAAUAUACCUAAUUUUCUUGUACACGUAUUUCUAUCAUACAGUAGAGGAUACGAAUACGGGAGGAUACUUUGUACUAUGUAUAGGAUAGGUAUUUGAUAUGGUAUCAUAUACUUAUGUACACGCGCACACUAGAGGUACCUUAACAUAUAGUACUCGUAUCAUAUAAGUGUACUAUACGAGUACCAUAGUCGACUACUUAGUUUAACGUUACAUAUUGUGUGACGCUCUGUUCUUUAUAUAGUACAUAGUAUUAUUAUUUUCGGGUAUAUAGACGCAUAGAUAGGUACACAGGUAGAGGUUGUAUACGGUCGGAUUCUUGAUUAUUUUUCUUCUCUUUCUUUAUUGAAUUGAUGAAAAAAAAAGAACUCGUUUGAAAAGACGCGCCACAGCGAUGUAGAUACAUUUAAAAAAAGAGUGACCGUGAACUUUUAUGAAUUGCAUAAAGCCCUCGAUUCUGAUCACCACUGGAUAGGUAGGUAGGAAGAUUAUUAAGGCACUCCCAGUUACUAGGUAUACUAUACGCGUAUCUCUGGUACCCCCACCUAUAGGUGGCCUACGGUGUACACGAAGCUGCCUGUAUAGCCUUGCAUGUGCUAGUGACCUACAGUCAAAAUUCUUCUGCAGAGGUUUGCCAAUAUCUUGGGAGAUGUGCGAACUGCAAAUCUACUCCUCGGUCUUCCAUGUUUUUGUAGUGUUCAACUCUCACGCAGAGUUGUACGAGAUGAUGAUGUACCGUGUAGAUAUGAGAGAUGCUGUGUAUUGUUUAGCCCUGAGACUUCCAUUUUGUUGUGGAAUUUUUCCAUUUGGUUAAUUUUUUCCUAGUUCGAGAUUGUGGUAUGGUGUGGUAUGGUUGUGAUAGAAGGUGUUUUUUGUGAGCAGGUUGUACUUAUGUAUAGAGAGAUGGAAUGUUUUUUUAAAAAUUAUUUUGUAAAUUUUUUCAAAACUUAGAUUACUAGGUGUUUAAUUGAGUCAUGUUUCACUAUUUAUUUGUAACAAAGGAUCUCUGUCUCCCUCUCCUAUCCAUAGAUUUUUGUCUUCAGAUGUGGAAAAAUGGAGUCUGUUCUGAUGUUAGUCUGAAAAUCCUUCUGGAGUUUUCAAUAAGCUAUUAUACCUAAAUACUUGGGUGACAUUAUUGAAAAUUUAAAAUUCUGCUAAAAAUUUAGGCUACAGUGUGAUUCCAAAGUCUACAUCAAUCAAAAUAUCAGAUAUCUAUCGAUUGGAAAGAGAUGACAGGAUUUUUCAAAUUGGCGUUUUAGACGACAGGUAUUUUAAAUUCUAGUCACUAAAAAUCUUGAGCCUGGGUACAAAGUGUCCAUAAACUGGUUCGAUGAUUUGCCAGUGGUUCCCAAAACACGUGUAAAACAAAGAAAUGUUCCAAAUAAAAAUUGUGGAAAAUUAAAAAUUGAAUAUAAUUGUGUUCUGUGAUUUGUUUUGUGUCUCUUGAUGAAAAGAAGGUAUGGUUUUAGCUUUUUAAUUCGAAUUUUCUCUAGAAAAAUAUACGUGUGUUGUGAUUUCUUGGACUCCCUGUGUUUAGAAAUGAAAAUUUUUGUAUUAUGUAUUAGACAUUAGGACUGCUUAAAUUUGGACUAUUUGAAAAAAAACGAAAAUGUCCCCUUUUAUUGGAAUUUUUCGAAAAAAAAAUGUUUUGUGAUUUUUUGGACACUCUGUAUAUAGGACCAGAAUUUUGUAUAAUUCAUGAGUACUUCUUAAAUGUGUCAUAUGUCAAAUUUAUAAAAAUAAUUAACAAGUGGUUUUUUUCCAUUUGAAUGUUCUAAAAAAAAUCGAUGGGUUGAGAUUUUAUGAACAUUCUGUAUUCAAAAAUGCAAAUUUCGUACUCGUCAGAACGGCUUAAAUUUUGAAAUACAAGUUGAAAAAGAAUCAAAAUAUCGAUUUUUCAUUGUAAUUUUUCAAGGAGAAAAAUGUUUUGUGAUUUUUGGACACCCUGUAUAUAGGCUCACAAUUUUAUUUAAUUCGCGAGAACUUCUUGAAUGUGUCAAAUGUGUCAAAUUUAUAAAAAUAAUUAAAAAGUGUUUUUUUUUUGACAAAUUUGAAUGUUUUAAAAAAAUUUGAUGUGUUGAGAUUUUAUGAGCACCCUGUAUUCAAAAAUUAAAAUUUCGUAAGCACUUGAUAUUAGAACUGCUAAAAUUUGAAAUAUUUGAAAAAUUAUCAAAAUGUCCUCUUUUUAUUGGAAUUUUUCGAAGAAAAAAGUUUUGUAAUUUUUUGGACACCCUGUAUAUAGGCUCAGAAUUUUGUAUAAUUCAUGAGAACUAUUUAAAUGUUUCUAAUUUUUAAAAAUAAUUCAAGUGUCUUUUUUUUAAUUUGAAUGUUCUAAAAAAAAUAAGUUUGUUGAGAUUUUAUGAACACCCUGUAUUCAAAAAUGAAAAUUUCGUACUUGACAGAACGAACGGCUUAAUUUGAAAUACACGUGAAAAAGAAUGAAAAUUGUUCAUUUUUCAUUGGAAUUUUUCAAGGGAAAAAACUGUUUCGUGAUUUUUUGAACACCCUGUAUAUAGGCCUACAAUUUUGUUUAAUUUACUAGAGCAGCUCAAAUGUGUGAUAUUUAAAAAAAGGAACAAAAUGUAGCUUUUUUAUUCAGAUUUUUCCAAAAAAUUUACGUUUUGAGAUUUUUUGAACAUCCUGUGUAUAGGAUUAGAAUUUUUGUCUGUUUUUGUAGAAGUACAUAUUAGAGUCCGCACUAUUUAAAAAGAGGAUUUAAGAACGACUGUAUAUUUGUAUUUUUCGAUUUUUCUUAUAAAAAAAAGUUUUGCGAUUUUUUAGACACCCUGUACUUAGGUUGGUUCAGCUGUUGUUUCAUUAGAAUUUCUUACUUUGUACAAUUAAUUAAAAAAUAAUUUUUUUUUGUUGAAAUUUUUCAAAGAAAAAAUUUGUACGGUUUAUUAUUUUUGGAACACCCUAUUUGGAAGGUUUAAAUUUUGUAUAAUUUAUUGGGAACUUUUACAAUUUCGUGACAUUUUGAAACAGAAUCACAAAUUGUUUUUUUUUCAGUUAAUUUUUUUAUUAGUAGGUAGCUAUAGGUUUAAAAAAUUCACAUUUCAUGAAUUUUUGAAACACCCUGUGUAUUUACUAUUCAUUUAUUAGAAAUUGUUCAAAGCUU